GUAGAACGAUUGCCUACAAAAAAGAUUAACUUGGAGCAUUUGACCGUGUCAGAAUGGAACUCGUAUCAGAAACUGGAUUUCAGAUAUUCCAUCGCUUGAAACGCAAAUAUUUUCCUCCAGUUUAUUUUCAAACUUCCUUUUUCUGUCCUAUCGCCGUCCUCGAAGCGGGUGAUCUUGUAGAGAUCACUGGACUGUCCAAAUGUGGCAAAACUCAGUUCCUUUACCAGUGCACAGCAAAUUUUAUUUUAUAUCAGUUAGAAAGAGAAUCAUACCGAAGAGAGCUACAGUUAGUUUGGAUUGACAUGGACUGGAAUUUUGAUAUUUCAAGGAUACGGGUACUUCUACAGUCAAGCAGCAGCAGUACUACGUACGAUGAAGCGCAAGUUUCUCAAAUCCUUGACAAGCUGCAGAUUUCUCAGCCACAAGAUGAUUGGCAGCUGCUGUUGUAUUUGAGCGACCUUCAAGAACAAAUAGAGACCAGUGGUCAUUGUAAGCGUUCUUUUUCCUCGAAUAGAAUAAAUAAGGCUGAUAGUUUUGUAGCCUACGUUAUAUUUAUAGACGGAAUCGGAGGCUGGCAACACUGGAAUUCUUUUACCAGUCAAGUGGCAGUGCUGCAGGCUUGUUUUAUGAAACUUAAAAGAUUGUUAUUCAAUUUUCCUGUUAUAUGCUUAGCAUCAGUAAAGAUGCAGAUGUCUUUGCCAUUUCGGUCGAAAUCUAUAUAUUUGAACAGCGAAAGUUCUCAUUCUAUUCCAGAAUACUUACCACAGCCUUGGAAAGAGUUGGUGACUCAUAAACUUGUUACACUUCGACAAAAAGAGGAAGAAGACAAUGAUAAUAAUGGCGUUAGUGUUUUCUUGAUCUAUCAUUUUUCAAAAGCAGACUAUACUGAAGGAAAUAGUUGGUGGAAAGGAUGGAAGUCGAAUGAACAAUGGAAAAUGAAAGUAACAAGUCAGCUGGUGACUUGGGAGGCUCUGUCGUAAAUGACGAAUUAUUUUUUUGGGCGAUAUUUCAAUUAGCAAAGAAACAUAUCAUCUUAAGUUCGAUUCCAUGAGCCACAAUCGGAAAGCUGGUGACAGAACAAUCAUUUUCAUUAUAAAUAUUGCAUCUUUUUCUCACCACAUACAUUUGAACCUUCGACAAUAUUUGGUUGAAAGUCACUCGUUGAAACAAAUGUUACCAAUGUUAAGUAGCGUCUGAAUUAUAUGUAUCUAUAGUUUCUUCCUAAAUAAAGUUUGGAUAACUAUUAUCCAUAAGUAUCAGGGACUUCGAAUAAAUGGAAGCCUUAGCUCAUUGGUAGAUGGCAAAAUUCCUACUGCGACGAGACAUUCACAAGUGUCUUUCCAGUAACAGAGUAAAGAGCAUCUAAAGCGAAAGUUUCGAAUGGACAAACUCCGGUGUCUGUUAAGAUCUUCUUGGCAGGACCUUUGCAACUCCAUUUUCCAGAGUCUGAAAGCGUGUGCUACAAUUGAGACAAACAGAGAAUAUCAAAUCCUCACAUUGACAUGCCGUGAACAAGAAUUGAAGUGAA